AUGGAAAUUGACAUGGGAAAGGAUGGAUCCAAUGAGGAAUCCCCCUCUAUGGGUCAUAACAUCCGAAAAUUCCAUUCUCAACCAAAUGGAGUUGCUGUGACUCCAAGAUCCUUUAGAGAUCUCCUAAGGGACACUCAAUUAGCUAAUCAGAAUGCUACUGAUGGGUUAAUCGAUUUGGAGGAUGAGGAUGAUGUCUCUGAUGAUGAUGAAGCUCCUGAGGGGAUUGUGGAUAGUGAGCGAUGUCCUAUAAUCUUGCUAACAAAAGAGGAAAAUAAGGUAAUGCGUAAACCUUGGCGUAAUACCUUAAUAAUCAGAAUGUUUGAUGGAAGUCUUGGGUACAUGGGAUUGAUGAAGAAGCUUAAGAGAAAAUGGCAAUUGAAAGGUGAUAUGAGCCUGACUGCUAUUGGUUCGAAAUACUUCAUUGCUCGAUUCUCAAACUCAGAGGAUUACAAUUAUGUCUUGACCCAAGGUCCUUGGCUGAUAGAUGAUAAAUAUCUAACUAUCAGGAAAUGGACUCCAAAUUUCAUCCCAAAAGAGGCAUCUAUUUCUGUAUUGACUGUUUGGGUUAGGAUUCCUAAUCUUUCUAUCGAAUAUUUCGAUAAAGAAUUUUUGAAAAAAAUUGGUUCUAAGAUAGGAAAAGUAAUCCGAGUUGAUAAGUCCACAACUUAUGCUGAGAGGGGACAAUUCACUAGGUUGAGUUUUGAGAUCGACCUUGCCAAAACUCUCUUAGCCAAGUUCUGGUUGAAAGGGAAGAUAUGGAGAAUUCAGUAUGAAGGAAUCAAAAUGGUGUGCUAUAGAUGUGGGAAAAUGGGUCAUGCUGAAGACCAAUGCGCCUCGAUGAUGGUGAAUGACAAUAUGGUGGUGGAUAAUGUCAAUAAGCAGCUUGAGAAUGUGAUCCAGGCAACCUCUCCUCCUCCAGUGAAAAGGCCGGAAGAGCAACAUGAAUAUGGUGACUAG